GCGCGAGCGGAGAGGGGCGUGGCAGGCCUGGGGCGGGGCCUGAGUGCGCCUGCGCAGUCCGCGCCCCACUCAGGGAGGAGGAGGCAACGCGCGGGAGGAAAGAUGGAAGACUAUCAGGCUGCGGAGGAGACUGCUUUUGUUGUGGAUGAAGUGAGCAACAUUGUAAAAGAGGCUAUAGAAAGCGCAAUUGGUGGUAACGCUUAUCAACACAGCAAAGUGAACCAAUGGACCACAAAUGUAGUAGAACAAACUUUAAGCCAACUCACCAAGCUGGGAAAACCAUUUAAAUACAUUGUGACCUGUGUAAUUAUGCAGAAGAAUGGCGCGGGAUUACACACAGCAAGUUCCUGCUUCUGGGACAGCUCCACUGACGGGAGCUGCACCGUGCGAUGGGAGAAUAAGACCAUGUACUGCAUCGUCAGCGCCUUCGGACUGUCUAUUUGACCUGCAGUCCAGCCUAUGACCUUUCUCCUUUGUCUCUAGUUCAUCCUCUAAACACCAGCCAUGAAUUCAGUGAACUCUUUUCUCGUUCUCUUUAAGUGUGUUUUGUGGCACUCUCAAAAUGUAGAGAAAAAAAAACCAAAUGACCACACUGUGACGUGAACCGCACCGAAGUCAGAUGAGUCUCCCUGCAGGUCACCGGCAGCCUGUGUUGCCACUUGUCUUAACUCUGAAUAUUUCUUUUCAAAGGUGCUAAAAUCUGAAAUCUGCUAGUGUGAAACUUGCUUUACUCUCUGAAAUGAUUCAAAUACACUAAUUUUCCAUACUUUAUACUUUUGUUAGAAUAAAUUAUCCAAAUCUAAA